ACACACGCCUAGUUUAGAGUGUAGACUUAGCUGCUGGUGGGCUACUGGAUUACAUUCUACAAGAUGAUUUGGGUUUGGCUUACAGUACUUUUUGCGGAAGACUCACUAGGUCUGCGUCUGUUGGACCUGGAUGUCCCAAGUGUUGUUGAGGAUGGUGACCCAGUGUGGUUGAACUGUUCCUUCGACCUAGAGAAUGAUGACCUGUACUCUGUAAAGUGGUAUAAAAACAGUGUGGAGUUUUACCGGUAUUUACCAAAAGAAGAACCUAAAGCUCACAAGUACGAACUACCCGGCGUUUACGUUGAUUUGGAGAGAUCUGGAGAAAGUCACGUGUCAUUAUUCCGGACAGACUUAGACUCCGAAGGUACUUAUCGUUGCGAAGUCUCAGCUGAAGCGCCCUCUUUCCAAACCGAGAGAGCAGAGCGAGAAUUAAGAAUUUACGAGCUUCCAAAAGAAGACCCUGUAAUGAAGGGAAUUCGUGACAGCUACAGUCCAGGAGACGUUGUUGACGUCACGUGCGUUGCAGCACCUUCCAAGCCAGCUGCUAUUCUGAAAUGGUACAUCAACGGAAAAGAGACACCAAAGUAUUAUGAAAAGCCUCUCCAACCGUUGACAAAAGAUAAACUGUUGGGCUCUAAGUUAGGUCUCAGGUUCACCGUUAAACCAACACAGCAGUGGAACAAUCCCACUCACAUUCGUUGUACUGCAGUGAUCGUCCAGGAAUAUUCACAGAGUGUAGAAGAAUUGUUCGUUAGAGAUACUAAAUCCAGCGAACUUCGUGCAGCGGUCUUUGAAGAGAAGAUGAUAAAAAUACUUUACUUCGAUGGACAAGCAACAAAAGGACAAUUAAGUAAUUUUGAUUGA